AUGAAGUCUGGGCAGGAGAAAAAGAAGUUCGGCGAGGUUCGGCGUGGGCACGGACCCGGUGUGCCACCCCCUCGCUACGCCACUGACUGGUUCGUCCCGGAAUCAACACGGUGGCUCCUUUCCAAAGGCAAGACCGACAAAGCGAAGAAAAUUAUGUGCACCAUAAGUAAAAUCAAUGGCAAAGACGUCGACAGUAAAGCAAUUGAUUCUCUUCAGCCUCCAGAGAAGAGCGACUCAGCCACGUCCUCUGCACUAGCGAUAUUCAAGUACCCCUCCCUACGCAGGAGUUUUGUAAUAAUGGUCCUUAUUAGGCUCAUCGCGUGCGUUGGGAACCAAGUGGGCCAGCUGUACGCGGCCGCCGCAACCGACGAUCCGUUUGUAAUGUCAUCGGCAACCAACGCCGUCGACGUUGUAGGCAUUUGGCUUGCUGUGCCGAUGGCUGACAAGUUCGGACGCAAACCGACUGCAUUCUGCUCCUAUGCUCUCGCCUGCUUGUUCUAUCUGGCUUCGGGUCAAGUGUACGGCCACCAGAAAGCCGACCGAGCGAUUGCCUUCAUCGCCGAUGAUCCUUGA